CAACCCGCGUUGCCGGCGCGCCGCGAUUUUCUUUUCAAAAUUCUUUUUCCGGGCGCUGUGGUCAAACGUUCGCACUACGGCCGAGGGUCCUGCCGCCAGCAUCCAAGGAUCCGAAGACGGAUACACCGUGCCUGGAACAAACCGAUCGUCGUGGUGGCUUUACUAAACCCAAAAGGGCGGCAUUUGGGAGGAUAAAAUGAGCAGAGAUCAUCAUUAUUACGAGAGUUCCCGAUCCAGAAGCCGGGAUCGAAAGUACCGGCGCGAGUAUCGGGAUGAAACGGAACGUUACAAUCAGACCGAUUACGGGUCGGGCUCCAGUUCCAGCUAUCGGCGCAGUUCACAGCAUCACCGCACCCAGCAACACUCCUCGCACUACCAUGACCCCGCAGCCACGGCGAGCACCUCUUCCUCAUCGUACUCCUCCGGGAAGCUCGUCCUGGCCGUGUUCAACCUUAGCAUCUACACGACCGAAGCGGAGCUGUACGACAUUUUCUCCAAGUUUGGUCCCGUCCGCAAAACAACCGUAGUCCUCGAUGCAAAGACUGGCCGUUCCCGGGGCUUCGGUUUUGUGUACUUCGAGAGUGCCGAAGACGCCAAGAUAGCGCACGAUCAGGCGAACGGUAUCGAGAUCGGUGAUCGCAGGAUAAGGGUCGACUUUUCGGCCACCAACAAACCGCACGAUCCAACUCCCGGCGUCUAUUAUGGGCGCGUAUCGUACCCGAAGGGACCGUAUCACGGUGGCAGUCAUUCAAGUGGUCACCCACCAUCCAUGUCUUCCCACGGUUACCAUCAUUGCCGAGCGUGUGAGGUUGAAGCGCGCGAUCGGGAUCGCUGGGAACGAGAAACACAUUCACGAGAUCGCUACUAUUACGACAGCUAUUCAUCCAGCGAUCGGAGACGGGACCGGUCCACAUCAAGCCGUUCGCGGGGCGAUUACUAUCGCAGCGGAACCAGUAUUCGCUGACCCGUGGUUGGCGGGUAACGCGGCCCAUCUUAGCGAAGUGUAACUACCACAACCAGCAACAGCAGCAUCCGCCAUUCGCCAGUCAAAAUGGGCCGAAGACGGUGUGAAUGGUGUUUAGAAUUUUAGGGGAACAAGCCAAGGGGCCAUGGCGCCAUGGGCAGACGAGCACGAAGGAAUUGAGCAAACGCAAACGAUCCUGCGAUCCCUAAAUUGAAGACGCGCUAGGCGCGCUUCGCUUGCAAUUCGAUUGUUGGUUGUUAGGUUUUAAACAGGUUUUUCGUUCACGGCGCGUCGCGGUCGCGCCCCGGCCCUAAGCAGGAAAAGAUGAGAAAGCUUUGAAACCAAACCACCCAAAACCGGCCGCCGCCACCACCACCGUCUGUGUCCCUUGUGCGGAUCUGUGUGAGUGUGGAACUGGAUUCCGACCCACGGCAGUCAAUGGGCGUUCGGUGCCGUGUAUUUUGAUAUUUUACUUCUUUUUAAUGUCUGUUUUGAUCCUACUAUAUCCUAUCUGCCCUAUUCCUAGUUAUCAGAGUUAGUCUCACCGAAGUACCGAAGUAGUUUGUUGGUGUUGCCUUACGCGUAAGCAAAGGGCCUGUCCCCGGCAGGUUGGAGGGACGCGGGGUCACAGGCCGAGCCAGGUUGAGCCAGUUGAGUGUUACGAUGCUUUGUUAAUGAUACGUUGCAGGUUAAAUUAAGUAAAGAAAAGAGAGCAUGUAAGCAGAUAGUAAGACAGUUUCCGUGAAUGUAUAGUAAUAAUUGUAAAAAUGAAGCGGAUAGGAAAGGAAGGGAAAUGGUAUAAAAAAUGUAAUAACAAAAAAAAUUGAAUAU